AUGCUUAUGGAUUACGAAAUAUCAUCUUGCACUGAGAACGAUGCUGCUUUUGCUAUACUCUCUGUUGAGUAUAUGACUGAUAAACUACCUGUACUGGAAAAUGUUAAUAAUAAAGCUGGUAUAUAUGAAAGUUGUGAUUCAAAAAAUAAGGCUGAUACUUUGACUGUAAAUAAAAAUAUUGAGGUAUCUAAAGGUGAUGAUUCUGAAAAUAAUCGUGAUGCCUUGUCCGUCAUUGAAAAUAUUGAAAACGUUGUGUCUAAAUAUGAUAGUUCUAAAGAUGAGCCUAAUAAUAGUUCUGAAGAUAAGCUCGUCCGAGUUAAGAAGGAAAACAACAUUUGCACUCGAAAAACAUAUAAGUGUCGGCAUGGUGAUAAAUACCAGCCCAAAAAAAAUUUAGAUUCUACUAAAAAUCGAGAACGGGAAUCAGCUUGCAUAAAUUGUGGCUUUAUGCUGAACACUGCUUAUCAAAAAUACGAAAAUCGUGUCUUUGUUAACAAAUUUGUUGAAAACUAUAAUCAUAUAUUAUUAAAUAGUGAAUCAUAUCAACAAUUUUUGCCCUCAUCACGAAAGCGGAUAUUAAGAAAUAAGUAUCCCAACCAAGAAAUAUAUAGUAAAGAUCUUUACAAAAUGAUCCAUAAAUUUAAAGUUGACGCACAAGUUAAAAACGAUGCUACAACCUUGUAUGAACAUCUAUCAAAGUUACAACAAGAGAAUCCAGACUGUUCGGCAUUGCACAUUUCAUAUUCGGCAAAAUUUGUAAUUUCUGAUUUCGAUCAUCACUGGAUGGAACUGAUGAACAAAUAUCCAGAAGUUCAAGAAUAUUGUGAUAGAGUGUUGUAUUCGACUAAAGAAUGUUGGGCCCAUGUAUUUACAAAACGGUGUUUUUCAGCAAAUACGCAUUCAACUCAACGUGUUGAAAGCAUAAACUGGGUUAUUAAAUUAGAGGCAAACUCUGAAAAUUCUCUAUGCCAGCUUCAAAUUAAGAUUGAAUUAUGGCUUAAGGAUGAAGCAAAAUAUGCAAGUUUUCAGAAAUUUAGAAAUAUGAAUCCAACAACCGGUCUUUCUCAUGUUUCUGAUAAGAUCUUUAAAAGCGUUGAUAAUACGUAUAAGAAUAAACUUAAUAGUACAAAUCAGAAACAGAAUUAUGAUAUAGGAUUCAUAGAAGAGGAUUAUGAAAAGCCGCAGAUAUUAUUAGAUAUGGCUUUAGAAGAUUGUACUGGAGGCAAAGGUUUGACAUCAUUUGAUGAAAGUCAAGAAUCUUUUGUUCAAGUAAUACAAAAUGAUAAUAAACUGGUUUUAACUAGAACAUUUCAAGCGUUAGAAAAGAUUCAUGGGCAUGAAAUUAAUAAUAGAGAUGCUGUCAAAUUGGAUUCAAAGAAGGUUUCUUAUAGUUGUGGCCUUGGACUUUGUAAGAAAGCUUUAGAUAUAGCGAUCACGAAUGGUUCUAACGGUGCUUUAGAAGGUCUUCUGCAACGAUUUAUCAAUGAUCAAAUUGUUUCAAUGCAAAGCACUGAGCUAUCUGAACAGAAAAAUAUCAAUAGUUCUACAAUUUCAAAUCCACUUCAACACAAAG